ACAAAAUAGAGCAUUCAAGGAGCAGGGGGUCGAAGUGUGGCAAAGGUUCUAUUGCGCGAAAAUGGCUGCUAUAGCACAAGGUUUGCGGUGUGUCUUGGCAAGAAAUGUGUGUGCAUUUAGGACUUUGCCUAGAAUGACAGCAGUUUAUGUGCAGCAAAAGUAUUUACACCAAAACAACCUGUUAGACACAGUUCAAAGGCCAAAACUACUUUCCGGCCAGGGUUUCUGGCAGAAGGGACAUGUCCGACACUUUGCUGAGGCUAAGCCAACAAUGGACAAGAUUCGUGAAAGAGUGCUUAAAGUUUGUGCAGCUUAUGACAAGGUCACUGCAGAUAAGAUAACGCCAAAACGAUUUUACAGUGCCAAGGAACCACUCACUCUUGAGCUUAUAAAGGACAGAGUGCUUUUGGUAUUAAGGCUAUAUGAUAAAGUAGAUCCAAAUAAGCUCACCUUGGAUUCCCAUUUUAUGAAUGAUCUCGGUUUGGACUCUCUGGAUCAUGUAGAAGUCAUAAUGGCGAUGGAGGAUGAAUUUGGAUUUGAAAUUCCAGAUUCAGAUGCGGAGAAACUAGUGAGGCCCGCUGAUAUCGUAAGAUACAUUGCGGACAAAGAAGAUGUAUAUGAGUGAAAGUGUUCUUUGCUUACACCGUAUAUAUGUAUAUUGUACCGUAGACUGCCCGCCAGUGAUUGGAUGGAAUUUAGAUUGAAAUUUGAAGAUGCUAGCCAUCACUUUUAAUUUUUGUAAGUUUUUUGUUGCCAGAAGUCACUCAAUAAUUCAGUCACAAACACUGUACAUAAAUAAGUGUUUAGGACAUUUGUGUCAUGGAGGAACAUAUGUGAACUAAGUGUGAUACUUUGUUUGAAUCUGAUCAGGUGUUACUGUUGAAGUAAACUGCCAUUUUGGCUAAAUUCA